CCCUCCCUCUAUGCCGCUGUUACCAGGGAUCCCGGCCGUAUUCUUCCAUCGCGCCCCGCAGCGGCCUCACGGGUCAUGUGACAAAGGAGAGACCACUUGUGACUGGCUGGCUGCUGUCACAUGAAAGCGAGGCGUUCCUCUCUAAACGGCGUCACGUGACAAGGGAACGCUCGUUUCGCCGUUCUGAUUGGUCAUCUGCUGUCACGUGAUACCGGUUCUCUAGUCUGUUUUCUGGCUCUGGCACCGCCUGUAUGAGACAACCGCAGCACUGGAAUUGGCUGGCGCGUGUCACGUGUUGCAGAUGCCGCUACCUGUCGCUCUCCAGUCCCGCCUAGCCAAGAGGGGCUUGCUCAAGCACGUGGAGCCUGAGCCAGAGGAGGAGAUCAUUGCAGAGGACUAUGAUGAUGACCAUGUGGACUACGAGGCCACACGGCUCGAGAACCUGCCCCCCAACUGGUACAAGGUCUUUGACCCUAUCUGUGGUCUACCCUAUUACUGGAAUGUGGAUAAUGACCUGGUGUCCUGGCUGUCCCCUAAUGAUCCCAACUCUGUCAUCACCAAGGCCAGCAAGAAGCUAAAGAACAACCUAGAGGCAGAAGAGAAGCCUGAGCGCCUGUAUGAGGAGGCUAAGGAACGGCGGUUCCAUCGCCGGGAGGAAAUUUCCCCCUACAGCAAGAGCAAAAAAGGGAGCCGGAAGGAUGAAGAGCUUGACCCCAUGGAUCCCAGUGCCUACUCGGAUGCCCCCCGGGGUACGUGGUCGACGGGGCUGCCCAAGCGCAACGAGGCGAAGACUGGGGCUGACACAACGGCUGCAGGGCCCCUGUUCCAGCAGCGACCCUACCCCAGCCCUGGCGCUGUGCUGCGUGCCAAUGCCGAGGCCUCACGUGCCAAGCAGCAAGACUGACUGGGCCUGGAUGACCCUGGGAACUCUGAGCCUCCCCACAGGGACUCCAGGACCCCCCUCCCCCCCAAACCUCCCAGGCCCUCUCUGGGACUGCUUAGGACCCCCAGACCCCCUUGGGAUCUUCUAUAGAGUCCCCCCAUGGGGAACCCAGGAUCCCUCCAGUCCCCUUGAAACCCCUGGGAUUCCCCUAAAGCCCAACAACAGGGAACCCAGGACUCCUCCAGACCCCCCCCCCCCCUCCCCCCACAGGGAGCUAAGGACCUCCCAAUACCCCCUGUCCCCAGUCCCCCUCCAUGGGAACCUGCUGUCACCUACUGGCAGUGAGGACCCCCAGAGCCCCCUUUUUGGUGUCCCAGCACCCGUACAGAGAUCUCCCUCUUUGGGGCCCUUAAACCCUGCCCCGGGAAUCCCUCAGACCUCUUUUCCAGUGCCUUCCCUGCUCAGAAGCCCAUAUGGGGACCCCCCAGACCCCACCCAAAAUUCCCUGUUUUGAUAUAAUAAAGCUAGUGCGGUGGA